AUCAGUCUCCGGUGUGCAGUUCGUGGCUGAACACCAUGUUGCCCCGUCCGGCGCCGAGUAUUCUGCAAAAAAUGAAUGUUUUUGAAGACCAAAGUGACAGACUGGGUAGAAGUCAGCAGGAGCCGUGCGCAUAUAUCCGAUCAGGUGUUGCUGGUUUGGCUAUGAUCCCAGAAGCAGAAGUGGAGACUCGCAAUACUCGCCACACUACUGGGGGUGGAGGUGGUACAGCCCCCCCUGCACCACCGUUGCCGCCAGUUGAUCAUGAUGGGCUUAUCUUACCUCGGAAACUUCAAAACCCCUGUGUGGAAUCUGCAGACAGGCGUAGUCUCCACCGUGAAUUACUCUUCAACCAAAAGACUGGGAAAAAUGUCUUGAAUCAAAAGUCGGAACUGCAGCGAGCAUUUGGCCGCCACCGUGAGCAGCAAGCGAGACGAGAACUGGAGCAGCAGAAGGCCAGCUCCCUGUCAGAUCUACAGAGGCUCAUUGAAGAACGACAGAAACGAUUGCUAAUGAUGGAGAAAGAUGAUGAUGCAGACAGUUGUUCUGGUAGUGAGCCAGAAUUCAUGAAAGUUCAUGCCAGACUAAGAUCUAAAAUGGAUUCAAAAUAAGUAUUACUGAUUAUUGUGUCUGUAAAAUGUUUAUUGUGUGUAAUGAGUGUGAGGCAAGCCUCAGUGUGUUCAACCAAAGCUAUUAUAGUCUUUUGCAGCAGGGAAAAAAUUAUGGAGAUCUGACAAGUAAAUGUGUUUGGUAUUGCUGAUGCUGAAAUAACGGUUUCCCAUGCUCCCACAUAAAGAGAAAAAAUUAAGCUUGGAACAUUUAAAAAAUAUAUGGAGGUAGUGACUAUAUUAAGCUUCAUUUGGCUGCUUUGGUAUCAUUUACAUCAGCAGCUGAAUUGUGUUGUUUCACAAGAAUUCACAUCACUCAAAUGUUUUCCAUGUGUAAAAGUACAAGUAAACAACUGUGUUACCAUUAUUUCUUUACUUACGUUUUUCAUGUGUGAGGCUGAAGGUGUGUAAUUUUGCAAGGAAGUGUUUUUGCUGUGACUUUUAAACAAAGAUUGUGAUGGGUGUGACAACAUUCGUGUUUGUGUACCAGCUGAAACCAGUGUUCAGAGACUAAGACAUUAUUACCUGCUCCAUUAUAGUGAGUCUCACACAGCAAACUUCAAAGACAGUGUGUGGCCUUUUCAAGUGAUUAUACUAGCUGUGCCUUAAUACAGUCUCAUGAACAUGUAUGAAUGGAGGGGAUGAUCUAUUACUGUAUAUAUUUUUAAACAGUGACUUUAAUUUUGCAUUAAAUGUCAGUUCUGCUAUCGCAUACCUAAUAAGAAAUAAGAGAUGUUUAAUUUUUACUAGUUCAUUUCUUUUGUAGAGUCAUGGUUCAUUAAUUGCAGUUCGUGCAAUUAUUUCUUGAAUGUGGUAUUUUUGUAUCUGUACUAUUUCUCAUACUACAAGAAAAAUUUCUUCUGACAUUUGUUCUGUAUAAUGGUAGAUAACAUUACUUUCUUGUUCUUAAUGCUGCAUGGAAGUAAUGUGAGCAGAGACCGAGGCUGCAUUUCAUAACAGCCAAAUCUGUUCACACACAGUUCCUCAGUAUUUGCCAUCAUUAUUGAGUUACACACAACUCAUGUCUUCCAUCAUUCUGACUGGAUUCACUCACAGAGUUCAUAAAUGUAUUAUUUAUACUUUAUUAAUUAUACAUAUCUUAUUUUAAAGUAAAACAGCAAAUGGUGAUUUCAAAUUAAUACAUUAAUUCUAAAUAUUGGUGUUUGAAAAUAAUAAAGACUGUAAAAAAUAUUAA